AUGGUAUUGACAAGGAUGAAGCACGAUGGUGGUGGUCUCGAUGGCCUGCAUAGCGUCUUGCCGCUACGUAGUCAUGCCCUUUUCGAUGAAAAGAGGGCGUCCGCGAACGGGGCUGCCAUAAUUGGAUCGUGCCCACUCCGUGGCGGCGAUGUCUACGGAGUAGGGUCCAGGUGGGGACACUGCUGGAGUACGUUUUUGAGAACGUUAUACUUUGGUGCGCGUCAUCCCUGGUUUGAAGGGAAAGGCGCGCGCACGUGGACCGGGUCGCUUCGGACGGCGAAGCCAGAGUCAAUGAACCGAUCCAUGGUUCUGCGUCCUUGGGACAGACGCCUGGCGCAGUGGCUUCGUUCCAAAACGGCACGGCACUCUCGGUUUCUGCUCGUGUCUGCUUGGUGUGCCGGCGUCCGGCGGCCAUCUAAGCGGCGUGAGGAAGUGCCGGAGAUGCUGAGAUCUCGACAUGGGUGCUUGCUCGGCCAGGGACUCGUACGAGGAGAGCGAUCAAUAUGGGGCGCAUCGAGAUGCCGUCACGACCUCGUCCAGGAGCCGUCCGCCGUCCCAUCUCGGGACGUGAUGCCGUCGUCACGGCAGUGA